UCUUUUGUUAGGAAACUAUGUAUAACUUUUUGAAGAAAAUCUAAACUAUAUAUGCAUAGAUGCAAAUGCAGUCCUUCCAGCAACUUAAUUUUUUUGGUAAAAUGUUCCAAAAUUACAACCCUUUUUUUUUUUAAUUUUUUUUUGGUUUAUGAAAAACAGAAUUAAAGUUGGGGGAAUUCACUGCCAAAGAUUACUUCACUGUCAUAACUUGGAAUUAUUCCCCCUCCCCAGUUAAAAGGAAAAAAAAAAAAUUGGAAGUAUCUGGCACUGUAUCCCAUGCUCUAAAAUUUCGAACCCCUUUUAAGGUACACCUAGCUUUGUCCCUUAAAGUGCACCUACCCAUUCGGUCGGAACAUGCAUACAAAGCAUCUUUCAAGGAGUAGCAUCCAAAAACCAAGUUCAGUAGAUAUUCAAAACCACAACUAUCAGCCAAACUGGAUCAUCUUAUAUUUCCAAAAACCAACCCGCUGUCUAUUUCUCAAUCUGAUCUCCAAGAUUCCGAAAUUUCAAUGGCUUCAAACUCCACCAAGCUUCACUUUGUUAUGAUUCCAUUCAUGUGCCCGGGCACCUUUUCCCAAUGGCCGACAUGACCAUCCUAUUUGCCGAGCGCGGUGUGUCGGUCACCCUUGUCACCACACCCCUCAAUGCCCUCAGAAUAAAACCAACCAUUGACCGAGCCACUGUUUCGGGACUCCCUGUUCGACUCGUCCAACUCGAUCUGCCACUCCAUGACGUUGGCUUGCCACAAGGAUGUGAAAGCUUUGAAUUAGUCCCUUCACGAAGCUUGUUUUGGAAUUUCUUUGCUGCGCUUAGCAAGCUUCAAAAACCAGUCGAACAGUUGUUGCAAGAGCUUGACACCAGUCCCAGUUGCAUAAUAUCUGAUAAGAAUCUUAUAUGGACGGCUGAUAUUGCCACCAAGUUUGGGAUACCAAGGAUCCUAUUCGAUGGGACAAGUUGUUUUUCACUCUUGUGCAAUCACAAUAUCGUCGCAUCCAACAUCCACGAGAGUGUAUCCGAAUCGGAGCCCUUUCUGGUGCCCGGUCUUGGUGAUCGUAUCGAAUUCACUACGGCCCAAUUACCAGGGGAUUUGAAUUCACGUUCAAAAGAUUACAAAGAUUUUCACAAGAAAGUGCGAGAAGCUGCGGAAGGAGCAUAUGGGGUGGUUGUGAAUAGUUUCGAGGAGAUAGAAUCAGAUUAUGUUGAAGAGUAUCGAAAGGCAAAAGGAGUCAAAGUUUGGUGUAUUGGCCCUGUUUCACUAUCCAACAAAACAGAGUUGGAGAAGGCUGGGAGAGGUAAUUUGAACCCAGUUGGUGAAACCCACGAGUGCAUGAAGUGGCUUGAUUCGUUGCCUAAGAACUCCGCCGUUUAUGUUUGUCUUGGAAGUCUUUGCCGUCUCACAGUUGUACAACUAAUAGAGCUUGGUUUAGGCUUAGAAGCAUCAAAUAGGCCAUUCAUUUGGCUGAUAAAGGGAAAUAAAAGCCAAGAGAUAGAGAAAUGGAUACUAGAAGAUGGGUUUGAGGAGAAGAUGAAAGGCAGGGGUUUCUUAAUCCAUGGUUGGGCUCCACAGCUACUAAUAUUUUCACACCCUGCAGUAGGAGGAUUUUUAACUCACUGUGGUUGGAACUCAACUUUAGAAAGGGUAUCUGCAGGAAUACCAAUGAUAACUUGGCCUAUGUUUGCUGAUCAGUUCUAUAAUGAAAAGCUGAUUGUUCAAGUUCUAAAGAUUGGUGAGAGAGUGGGGGUUGAUGUAGGAAUUCCUAUUGGGGAUGAAGAGAAGUUUGGGGUGUUGGUGACAAGGAGGCAAGUUAAGAAGGCUAUUGAUAAAGUAAUGGCAGAUGGAAAACAAGGAGAAGAGAGAAGAGGAAGGGCAAAAAGGCUUGCAGAGAUUGCCAAAAAGGCAAUAGAAGAGGGAGGAUCUUCUUACCUUAACGUAUGUCUGCUUAUUGAAGAUAUGAAGCAACUAGCCUAUGUAUGAUAAAGCUUACUUAUAAGACAUUGACUUACGAUCAUGAAAUUUACCCAAAAAAAUCAUGAAAACUUUUUAUUUCAUUCAGUUGUUCAUGAUAAGUUGAUCAAUGAAAAUUUUCUUUGCCAAGUGAAAUCUUAUGUUC